AUGGCAGAAGCUAUUGGCUUAGUGGCUUCUGUUGCCAGCCUGCUGGACCUGGCUUUAAAGUUAUCCAAUGCGUUACAUAAUCUCCAAUUCCAAGUCCGAAACGCACCUUAUCUCAUUCAAGCUUUAGAGAAUGAGACAGAGGCUAUCAGGACAGUUCUUGCCCAUGUUGAGAACACCAUACAGUCUACAGCAGCCGCGAGGCUUGGUGGCCCAGGAAGCUCUGUACUCCUCGGCGACCUGGCUAUUGAGCUCGGUAAAGGUGCGGCUGUCCUGAAGGAAUUAGGCACAUUUAUCGACAGUCUCAAGAAAGAGACAUCCACCUUACGAAGAGUCAAGUGGGUUCACAAAAGGGAGAGGGCAGCAGAGCUCAUAAAAGAGCUGAAAGAAGUGAGAUCUCGUAUUAGCGAGUUACAAUUGGCAUAUGGCAACUCAAGCUUAACACGUAUCGAACUUAUAUUGCAGGACAUCCAGGUUAUGCAACGCUGUCACUAUGCCACGACUCAAAGUUUGGGUACUUGUCUGUUAGAAACAAGAGACCAACUCACAAUCGAUCGAAAUACCACAUUUCAAAACCAGUCAGACAUCUCAGCAGCGCUAGAGGCCCUGCGAAACACAACACCAACGUUGCCACCAGAAUGGGUGGGAACUAUCAGCAACCAGUUGGCAACAACGAUAAACACUAUGCGGCCUGGUCCAGCGAAGGACAUAAACACAAAUAUUUCGCCCCGUCAAUCUCACGGACAACAGGGCUCCCAAGCCAUAUCGUCCCCACUUCAGCUUCCUACACUGGGGUUCAAGCUAAGACUAGUGCAAUCCCAGUGCUUGAUCAACUGUGCCUGCAGAUGCCAUGCUUCGGUUGCUUCAUACCGCCUUUGGAACACACUCCCAAAAAAGCUUCAAAUGAUCAUGGGUUCAGUGUUUUUUGAGUACUCCAGUUGCCCUGUUUCCAGAACAACCUGCGACUUGCAUUCAUGUUUCAAGUCGCGUCUGACUCGCCUCACGGUCAGAUAUGGCUUUCCAUUGUGGUCUUUCAAAUACGCGAUUCAUAUCCUGGUGGAGAAACUAUCUACCAGCUCUCUCACGUUUACUCUAGCAUUGAGACGAAAGAUUCCUCUAAAAGCCUCCAGAGACAACAUAGUUUUUCAGGCCGCAAUUGGAAAUCUGACUGCUGUCAAACGCAUCGUAUUUGAAAAUCCAGCUGCAAUCCUGGAUGUCGACUAUGAUGGUGAUUCUGCCUUGUCCAUCUGUAUUGAGAGAUUUUUACCAUGGGAACUCUCGCUUCAAAUUUGUGAAGUACUUCUUCAGGCUGGUGCAGAUCCGGACCAAGUCAACGAGAGAGGGCUUUCAUUUCGGCAUAUAAUUGCUAAUCUGGUUCUUCAGAAUACCAUACCAUUGAAGCUUCAUUAUCAAGUCGAAAGGUUGAUUCAAAUUUCGUCGUGCUUAGAGGACCUGGAUUUCACCUUCAUACAUGAAAUUGUCGUUAAACGAUGUCCAAUCGACUUGGCCCCUAUACUCGAGGCCGGCAAAACAGAUAUUAUGGCCCAGAUCCACAGUGAGGACCGGUUCGGCAUGACUCCACUGAUGUAUGCUGUUGCUUUAGGCGAUGCAAAAUCAGCUGAGGCUCUGAUCGAAGCCGGCGCCUCAGUCCACAAGAAGGGACCAUAUGGUCGCAAUCUUGUAGAUUAUGCUGGCCUUCUAUCUCCAAACUCUUGUGCUACCAUACUUCACUUGCUGCUUACAGCUGGCGCGAAUGCAAUCGACGCUUUCCCCACGGGGUGGAGCCUUUUACAUACAGCUGCUAUCCAUGAUAAUGUUACAAUGAUAGAAAAACUGUUGCAAGAAGGCGCAAGGCCAGAUUGUAUCGGUCCGCGGGGAAAUCGCCCAAUACACUACGCGGCGAGCGAUAACUCUGUUAAUGCAAUUCGUUUAUUAUAUGAGAAAGGUGCCGGUAUAAAUGUACUAGCUGACAAUGGACUGUCACCGCUCGGUGUGGCAAUUCGGGACAAUGCUACUGACGCGCAAUCUGCGCUUCUUGAACUAGGGGCUGAUCACCUUAUAACCGGGGACUGGGGAACCCAUUUUCACCUGGCGGCUUAUUGGGGUAACGAAAGAACCUUCACAACGCUGUAUUGUCUUAAACUCAAGGGUUUGGAUGUUGAUGCCAAGGAUGCGAAAGGGUUGACAGCAACCGAUAUUUAUGAAGACCGAUACGAUAAGACGGAUGAGCUGACGUUGGCAUUCUACCAGCUGAAAGAUUCUAUCAGAUUACAAUCCUUAGAAGAUUGUCAAGGCGAGGAUGAGGUUGAAGAUCCGGACGAAUUCUUUGAUGCACAUGACUUCCUGCACGAUGAUAGUUAUUGUUAG